UUAGGUACACUGGUAUGUAUAUAUAAAUACUAUAUGGUCCUUAAUUAUUUCACAUCGUAUUUGUGAGAGAGGAGUUAUUGUUACUGGCAAGUGAAUAGUGGUUGCAGCUAUAUUAAAACUUCAAUUAAGUUUUCAUAUUUCAAAAAUAAUUGACUGAAAGUAGAAAUGAAUCGUCGAAGGGCCCAUGAUGAUGAUGAUGGAUAUGAUCGAGCAUAUAGAAAAAGGCGAAGGAUAUCAGAAAAUCAAGAAAUUGAAGAUAGUCUGGAAUUUCUUAUACUAAGAGUUGGAGAAAAAAAUACGUCUUCCACAGAAAGUAACUUGGAACGGCUAGCUAGUGUUCUUGAGGCUGACCUUUCCACAUUCCGUGCAAAAAUUUUAAGGAUCAUCACCGAUUGUGCUAUCAAAAUGCCAGAAAAAUGUACAAUUUAUACUACACUUGUUGGUUUGUUGAAUGCAAAGAAUUUCAACUUCGGAGGUGAAUUUGUAGGAUACAUGGCCAAGACUUUCAAAGAAGCUCUGAAAAAUUGUAAGUGGGAUCCAGCUAGAUAUGCCCUAAGGUUUUUGGCAGAUUUAGUGAACUGUCAUGUUAUAUCGGCGAUGUCUUUACUGCAGCUCCUGGAUAAUAUGAUAAAUACAGCAAACGAAGACAAUGUUCCUCAAGUAAGAAGAGAUUGGUAUGUCUUUGCGAUUCUGAGCACCUUGCCGUGGGUAGGAAGAGAAUUAUAUGAGAAGAAAAAAAAAUCACUGGAACACCUUAUGGUACGAAUUGAAGUAUUCCUCAAUAAGCGAACAAAAAAACAUCACGAUGCCUUGAGGGUUUGGGCAGUUGACACUCCUCAUCCGCAGGAAGAGUAUCUUGAUUCCCUUUGGGCUCAGGUACGAAAGUUGCGUCAGGACAACUGGGCUGAAAAGCAUAUACCCCGGCCCUACUUAGCUUUCGAUUCUAUUUUGUGUGAAGCUUUACAGCAUAAUCUGCCUUCCAUUUCACCUCCACCUCACCGUGAUAGCUACCAAUAUCCGAUGCCAUGGGUAGUGUUCAGACUUUUCGACUACACAGAUUGUCCAGAGGGUCCCACACUGCCAGGAGCCCAUUCAAUUGAAAGAUUUCUCAUCGAAGAACACUUACAUUCUAUUAUAGAACUUAAUCAUUUAGAGAGGAAGGACUGUGCAGCUCGUCUUUUGAAUUUUCCUUACAAGUUGAAAAUUCCAUUGGAAUACUGUAUUGUGGAAGUGAUUUUUGCAGAACUCUUACACAUGCCAACACCGAGAUACAUUGAAAUUUCGUAUGGAGCAAUUUUCAUCGAGUUAUGUAAACUACAGCCUUCGACAAUGCCUCAGGUCUUAGCACAAGCGACUGAAAUGCUGUUUAUGAGAAUCGAUACAAUGAACGUGUCUUGCUUUGAUAGACUCGUCAAUUGGUUUUCCUAUCAUUUAAGUAAUUUCCAGUUCAGAUGGUCAUGGGAGGAUUGGGAUUCGUGUUUGCAUCUGGAUGAGGAUCAUCCACAACCAAAAUUCAUCAGAGAAGCAAUGCUCAAAUGUAUGAGAUUGUCAUAUUACCAGCGAGUAAGAGAAAUUUUACCAGAAGGAUUCUCAAAGUUCAUACCUGAAAGAGCCGAGCCAGACUACAAGUACGCUCACGAAGGAGCUGCAAGUUUACCUGGUACUUCAGCCGCCCUUCAAUUGGUCGUCUCCAUUCGACAGAAGUGUACUCCCGAAGAAGUGCUCGCCGUUCUCGAAGACCUUCCCAACCCACGAUCUGAGGAAGAGGGCGGCGGUCAUUUUAAUCCGCUGAAAAUCGACGUCUUCGUUCAAACUCUACUGAACCUAGGAUCAAAGAGUUUUUCACAUAGUUUCGCGGCAAUGUCAAAGUUUCACUACGUGUUUAGAAUAUUAGCAGAAUCGGAGGAGGCCCAGAACUGUAUUUUGAGGAAUGUUUUCGAAUUGUGGCACAACCACCAGCAGAUGAUAACCGUCUUAAUUGAUAAGAUGUUGAAGACGCAAAUAGUGGGGUGUUCAGCGGUGGCGAAUUGGAUCUUCUCCAAAGAGAUGAGUGUUGAAUUCGCCAAAAUGUAUGUGUGGGAAAUUCUACAUUUGACGAUAAAGAAAAUGAACACACAUGUUAUUAAAUUAGGCGAUGAGUUGGCUGAAUCUAGGGAAAAAUUAGCUAGGGCGGAAUAUAGCGAUUGUGAUGAAUCAAAAAAGAAACGAGGCGAUACAGGAAAACCUACCGAGGAAAUGGUAGAGAGGAUGGAAGAAAAGUUAGAAGCGGCUCAGGCUGAUCAGAAAAAAUUAUUUCUCAUAAUAUUUCAGAGAUUUAUUAUGAUUUUAUCUGAACAUUUGGUCCGUUGUGAUACUGACGGGAAAGAUUACAGCACACACUGGUACACCUGGACAAUUGGUAGACUGCAACAAAUGUUUUUAGCACACCAUGAGCAAGUUCAAAAAUACAGUUCAACGCUGGAGGCAUUGCUGUUCACACAGGAUCUGGAUCACCGUAUUUUCGAAGUAUUCCAACAAUUUGUAUCUUUGAGAGCCUAAUUAUUUAUUUUCUUACGCUAGGUAAAUAGUGUAGCAGUGUUUUGUAUGGAAAUGUUUUUAUUUAAUAGACGUCUAUAUGAAAGUUUGAAUGUUGUUAUUUUGGUAUUCUGAUUUGGGGUCAUUCAGGUAACGCCAUCAGUGGUUGUAGGCGCCAGAAAAAGGCCUUGAGGAUAAUAGCCAAAGCAGGCUACAAAGAGCGCUGUAGUUGAAUGGUACCUAUCUGAACAAAUAGGUACCAUUCAAAAUCCUCAAUCUUGAGUCUUGCACA